GGAGGAAAGACACUCUACCGCCUCAUUCACAGGAUGAAGACUCUGAGCUUUUUGUGCAUUCUUCUAUUUUUAUGUAGCGAGGUUUUCGGAAAGUUGAUUCAAGCUCCUUUAGGAGAUGGAGUUGAGUUUCUGCUGUCAGAGGAGUGCCUGAAGGGACGCGGGAGACUAAAUCUGCGAAGGAAUGAUGCCAGCACGCAGCUGAUCGCCUCCCUGGAAAACGUCUGGAAACCCGGACCACAACAUCCAGACCGCGUGAAUCAAAGAGGGCUCUCUCUCAUCCUGGAAAACGCAGAUCUGAACGACGAAGGGCUGUACGAGUUUACAUGCAACGGCAAAGACUUGGAAGCGAUCAAGCUGGAAGUAUUUGCCCCCUCUGAAGUUGCUGUAUCCGAGGGCGAGGAUGCCACACUCCCGUGCCGCUCCGUCACCGCGGGCCAGUCGGUGAAAUCUGCGCGCUGGAGGAGAAAUGGAAAGGUGGUGCUUCAGCUGGAUGCUAAAACAGGAGGAAUCACAUACGGGGAAGACGUUGACAGAAGCCGGGUGUCGAUACCAUCAGAGUGGGACCGACAAGCAGACCUGUCCCUCACCAUAAAGAGAGUCCAGCAACAAGAUGAAGGAGUUUAUUACUGUGACAUAGACAAGUGGGAGAGACACCGCUCUGCUGUCCGCCUGCGAGUCCACCCUCAAGUCCCCACAGCACCCGGUAGCACACCUCUGCCUACAACCACACCGACGCCAUCAGAGUCCUCUGAUAGGACAUGGAUCACAGUCCUUGUAACAGCAGCUGUAACAUCUGGGAUCGUUGGUCCUCUGACUUUCCUUUUGGGCCGGAAACGGAGGAGAGAAACAUGAGAUGAGGAGACCGGAGCCCAACUAAACGGGUGCCACACCACCAAUAAUGAUCAGUCAUCAGGAGAUCAGCACGUCUCUACAAAUGGCUUUAAAAGGCCACCUGGUGCUCCAGAGGAAAUUACCCUACUGCCUAUUAAUAAUAAUAAUAAUGAUAAUAAUAAUAAUAAUAAUAAUAAUAAUAAUAACAAAUGAAAUAAACGUAAUUUUUUAAGAAACUGGUUGUUUUACUUGGAGACGCUCAUCAGUGUCUCCAUGUCUUCCUAUUGUGUCUAACUUCACCAUCUGUGUUUACAUGUACAAAGUUACACAGUAUCUGCACACCAGUAACUUGGACCGUAAAGAAAAACAAAACACACAAACACACACUUUUAUAUUUUAUUGAUUUAUUGGUGUUUUCUUGUUGAGACAUAUCCAGUUGGCACUCGUGAAGGUUGAAGCCUGGUUAUUCCUCAUCUACCUCUGCAGUUAGUUUUAAUGAGUAUACAUUUUAAAGACUCAAAUAUGGACAAGCACAUGUGAAGUUUGGCAUUUUCUUUCUGUAGUAUUUUUUUUUUUUUGGUAUACCUUGUCCUUGCUAAAGCUGUGAAUCUCAUUCAUAUAUAAAUAAAAACGUGCAGUAGAAGGAACACAUGAUGGCAGGUGGGACUCAUAGUUGUCUUAAUUUCCAGAGGAAGUAGAGGCGAGUUUGAGCCUCGUUGGCCAGCGAUGUGUUGCUGUUAGACAGGGAGAGGUCCUCACUCAAGAUACAAACAGUAAUUUAAAAGCUGUAAAUCAGGAGGAGAAACGAUCUCAAACACGAGGUUACAGCCAGCAUCUCUGAUGGAUGUAAGAGGUUUUAUUUGCUGACAAACUGAUUAAAUUGUCUAAACUGUAGAAAUUAUGCGACACACACAAGAAUGAUUCAACAACAGCUACAAAAGAUUCUUUUUCCCUUUGAAUGUCAGUGUGGAGAGUUUCCCAGUGUAGCCCAGCAGAGACAAAGGUUAUUGGAGGCAAACAGUUCAGGAAACACUGAGGCUGUUACACACUGGGAAACUGUGUCUGGACCUGAUCCAGGCUGUUCAUGAAUCAAAAGGAAAUGAACAGACACGCUCGUUUUAAUCCUCAUUUCCUGAAUAUUCCUUCAGGAAAGACAAAAUAAUGCUCAUGUUGUAAAAUGAUCAACACUUUCUUGACAGCGCAACAAAAUGCAGGACACAGAGACAAAGUCAAAUUAAAAGGCGAGACAUUUAUUGGCUUUAAAAUAAAAAGUGUGAAAAUCUACACAAAGUUCACCAAAACAGGGUGAAUACAAUUAAUCACCUGAUAAGGAUUUUCAGAUACAGCUAAAUAAUACAUCUACUUUAUUUCCAUAAAACCCUCCCUGUCAUAUUUUCAGUUUUUUUUUUUUAAAGAGUUUUUAAGGCACUUUUCAUUAAGAAGUCACAAAUUAUUUUCAGUCAGCAUUAAGGACCCCAACACAGAUCACCACUUUACAUACUUUUUAUUACAAUGUAAAUAUAGAUAAACUUGAGCUUUGUGAUUCAUUUUUGAGACUGGAGCUUCUUCUGGCCAUGACUGUAGAGAACAUCAGGCUCUGGCUGUUCAGUCAGGGCCAAUAGAGGAUAUGAUCUUCACUGAUCUUCCAUUUGUAAGAGUAGCUCAGGAUCAGCAGCUGUUCUGCUUUGCCUCAGUAAAGCUGUCACUCAAACUAUCCAACCAAUCAGGGUUUACAUCAUUACAACCACAGCAGCAGCAGCAGCAGCAGCAGCAGCAGCAGGUACAAAUGACCUCUGAGUGCAUACAGACUAAACCUGACAUUAACAUUUCCUCUAACACACUCACCUCUUCA